AGACUCCGGAAAGUCACACAUGUCGUCGACACAGCUCCAGCCGGUGUUCGGUCAGAAGGAGCCGUGUUCGCGCUGAGGAUACUUUCACUGUCACCGGUGGGUUAACUCGUUCCACGCAGCGGACACCGGGCAUGCUGGUGUGAGCUGCUCCGGCUCCACAGCGCAGGAGACACUCGUGGAACGAGACGACGCAGCUCCAGCUCAACAGGAUUUUCACCUCGGUCAAACCUACCUGCUGUCCCCUUCCCACCAUGGAUCGAUUCUGCAGACUUCAGAGGAGGCGUUGCCAAAGACUGGACAGUAAGACAUGAAGACCUGCAGAUUAAAAACUGUGAUGGACUGACCCACAGCCUCCUGCAGGUGAAGCUUCAACUUUCAAAUUCCCUGGCUCCUGCUCUUCGAUGUCAUUAUGUCACAAUCAGAAUGCAAAUAUGGGAGCGACCCCCACACGGAGCAGAGUUGGAUGCUCCUCAGCUCGCCCACGCAUCAGAAAUAUGGGAGAACGCCCGUCAGGACUUUUUUGGACUUCAGGCACACAAACCAGCCUGAAAAUCCGGACAUCAAGUGGACUCCCCUGUUGUCGCGGAGCGUCUCCAAAGUCCGACUGCUCAGUUUCCUCCUGGGCCUGGCACUGACUUUUCUCGUCAUGGCCUCCUAUAUCCUGCCCUGGGAAAAGACGGGACUUCUGUUCACCCCCUCACCCUUUCAGCUCGGACCUGUGCUCGUCCCGACCGGCACAUCAGAAAAAGAUUGGUCUGAAAAUACAUUAAUAGACAUGAAAUUGCUGGUGAAGAUCAUCAGCUUCAAAUUGGAAUACUCACCAAGGAAGGUGCCUGACGAAAAGGACGUCAUUGAAACCGAGGCCUCUUUGUUCUCUGUAAUUCCUCGCCAUUUCCUGCCGAGCAUCAAGAGCCCGUGCUGGUACGAGGAGUUCUCAGGCGACCUCGGCACUGAUCCCUACAGGAGGAACCUCUUCACACUGCGCUCGAAGGGCUUCAAGACUGUGUGCGAGCAACUGAAGAUCGACUUCCACCGACACUUGUACCACCGGGACGGCGAAGUGUUUCGUCUGCGCUGCUUGCCGUACUUCUACAUCAUCGGCCAACCCAAGUGUGGCACGACCGACUUGUUUCAGAGACUGCGGCUGCAUCCGGAGGUCAGGUUCAACACCAUUAAGGAGCCACACUGGUGGACCAGGAAACGCUUCGGUUAUAUCCAUUCCAAAGAUGGCUUCUUGGAAAGUUUUCCUGUGCAGGACUACCUGGAUCUGUUUGACUUGGCAGCUGUUAACAUCCAAGCAGGAAUCAAUGGAAAUCUAUCUGGAGACCGCAGCGCGCUCCAGCUCAUAACAGGUGAAGCCAGUGCAUCAACUAUGUGGGACAACCAAGCCUGGAGCAACCUCCACGAAGGCGGGGAGAAUGCCGAGCCUCCGUUCCUGGCCCAGGACUUCAUCCACGCCUUCCAGCCCGCUGCAAAAAUCAUUGUCAUGCUCAGAGAUCCAGUGGAGAGGCUUUAUUCUGACUACCUGUACUUUACGGUGGGCAACAAGUCGGCAGACGACUUCCAUCUGAAGGUCGUGGAGUCCGUGCAGUUGUUUCACUCUUGCCUGUCUGAGAGGACAAUGCGUUACUGCGCCUACGACACCAGCCUCUCUAACGCCAUGCCGGUGAGACUGAAUUUGGGGAUGUACGUCGUCUUCUUACUGGACUGGCUGACAGUUUUCCAUCGGGAGCAGAUUCUGGUUCUUCGACUGGAACACUACGCAGCCACUAUCAAAGUGACAAUCAGGAACGUUUUUGACUUCCUGAAUGUAGAUCCUCUGUCUGAGCAGGUGGAGGCAGUAGUGACCAAACAGACCAUGUCCAACACUCGGCGGGCAGCGGACAGGAACCUGGGUCCGAUGCUUCCUGCCACCAGGAUCCUCCUCAGGGAAUUUCACCAGCCCUUCAACCAUAAACUCGCCAGUGUGCUGGACAACAAGGCCUUUCUCUGGAGUAACACCUGAAGGGGUGGACGUGGAAUAACUCCUGAUGGACGUGUAUGAGAAUCAUAUACGUCAUACACAGGACGGAGGUGUGCUUGUGCAGCCUGGUGUGUGAGCAUGAGUCAGUGAGAGCAAAUACAGGCAGCGUCACUUUGAACACAAGAACGAUGACGAGCACAGCAGACAAUAUUUACCAGAAUAAACAAACUCACAGACACCUGCUGUUGAGUCAAAAAGAGUCAAUGCUGUUCUCUCUGAGAUUUAACACCGCGCCUGCAGAUGGACCCACACCACAUCACGCACAUGAGAUGCACAAAAGUCAUGCAUUGUCACGCAUUAUAGGCGUGGUGGUGGCACUUGAAGCUCUUCAGGUCAUCUUAACUCAUGCUGUCAUUGGCACUUAAACACGUGUGUCAUGUAAAGCAGAUGAGACAACCUUUUACUCUUUAUGAUGAGGAAUAAGAAAGAGAAGAAUUACAUGAGUUGGAGAACUGUUUUUAAAUAGGGAUGUUUUGGUGCGCAGGGACCUUUAGCGCCUCCUAGAGGGGUCCGCAGCUGGAAGAGGUGGUGAGAGGGGUCAGAGUUUGUUUCUUUGUGAUCGUGCAUCUUGAGUGAUUCCACUGAUGACAGGUGGGUGUCAGUAAUCUUGGAUGAUUUAUUGAAUAUGUUCUGCUGCUAUUUGUGGGUUUUAUAGAAGAUCCUGGUGAGUAUUGAUGUCCCAUUCAAGCGUAUUGCUAGUAUUGGUGCUGAGGAAUGGACAAGCCUGUGAUCAUGGUUUCUCCAGUGAUGUGUAUUGGGGGUUGUGGGCAAUAAAUCUAUAAUUACGUCUUUCGUUUUACUUGUGUUGAGGAGGAGAUUGUCGUCAAAGCCCCAAACCACUUGCUAAGGCUACUUCCUGAGGGUAUUGACCUUGGUUGCUAUUUGCAUACGGAACGUCGAGUGGUUUGUGUAGAGGCACAAGAGUCAGGGUGAGAGUACACAAGUGUGGGUGACGCCUGUGUUGUGUGUCAGAGACUCUAUUAGCAUGUGUAGGGAUCAUCGUUCAUGUCCAUCUGUUUAUUGAAGGGAUUAACACAUGGGCGUAGGCGUCAGGUGUCGUAGUGCGUGAUCAACCAGUGCAAGAAGCUAUAGCAGCAGCGGAGGAAGCACACUGUGUAGGGAAGUGUGUGAGUCUUUGUCUGUGAUAUUUAUUUGCUUUUGAAAGAAUGAUGAUAAUAAUAUAAUUAGGUGGAUUUGUGUUUUAAUUUGAUGUUUUUAAUUGUACUUAGUCUUAUCCAUCACCAGAUGGUGGAUGCUAAUUACAUUUUUUUUAUUCCUUCUCUCUCGUUUCCACACACAUUCUUUCAUUCACACUUGUAUCAGACUUAGUGCUGUGCCACCAUAGUUACUUCUCAUGAAGUUCAUAUUGGGACUACUCAGAUCAGUUCCAUCAUCCAAAUCAUUACGUUUUUCAACAACCUAUGUAAAGAAUUUAAAUUUUUAAGUAUUAGUUACCUCAAGACUUCAAUCAAUCUCCAAAACGCUAUCCUGAGGAGCAAAUAGGAAACUUAGUAAUAUCCACACAUUCCGACCUCUUAAAACAUUAUAUUUAACCACCAAACUUCUCCUAGCCUUUAUUUGUAACAGAAUUCUUAAGGUCUUGCCGUUUUUUAAUUUGUGCCCGAUUCAACGGUUUGUCUGGCUACUGAAGCUCCUCACUCAUCAUUGCAGGCCGCCUCUUCCUCAAGUAUCACGCCCUAAUUCCAAAUUAGGUUGCACGGAUGCAAACUAUUGCUUGAGUCGUCUGUCUUUCCUCCAGUCUGAUUUAGUUUUAAGGGUUCAUUCGCGUUUUAGCUUGUUUCUGUUACGCCAAGACAGGGUCCCAAACCUCUCAUAUAUUUAGACUUAUUUUCUGUUACAACUUUUACAACCUUUGUUCCUUCCCUUGAUUUCACAUUGCUUUGCUGUACACUUUCAUUGCUUCCCAAAAACACAGGACUUAUUAUUUUACCUCCUUUCUCCUCUCCGCACACUCACAAUCUAUAUCAGGGGUGUCAAACUCAUUUUCACCAAGGGCCACAUCAGCAUAAUGGUUCGCCUCGAAGGGCCACAUUAACAGUAUGAAAACAAAAUGCAAUGGAAUUUAAAAUAAAUGAAACUACAACUUAUUAUAUUGUUAGAUAACUGUUUCUGUAUUUAUUAUGUAUUCAAGUCAAAGGGGGGUAGGACUAUGGCACAACCAACAUAUGAAAGAAGCAGCAUUUUUCAAAACAAAAUGCUGCCUGUCCUUGAACAUACAAGUAGAUCCCUCCUCAUCCUGAGACGCCAUCUCACACAUCCUCAUUCAUCUUGAUCAUCAUGUUCUGGAAAUAAAAGACACAAAAAGAAAAUGCAAGCACAAUCAUUCAUUUGUACACAUAUUCUACUGUUCUUAGUAAAUACAACGCAUUUAUUAAAUAAAAGGAAAAGGAAAAAAAGGAUUUUUGAAAAUGCUUACCUAUUUUUUCUGGCCGGAUGUCUGGCACCGUUUUCCGUUGGUCAGGGUGUCAAUGUCUGGUUUUAGGUCUUGUGCUGAGGCAAUCCGCAAAACAGCGUGCAGGUUGUCAUCGGUGAUGCGUGAUCUGUGCUUGGUCUUGUUUACAUUCAUUAUUGAAAACAUCUGUUCGCACAGAUAGGUGCUCCCAAACAUGGACAGAACACGAGCAGCAUGAAGUCGGAGCUGUGGCAUCAAACCAGGGGGCAGGAGACGGUAAAAGUCCUCGAUUGCAGAAUCCUGGAACUUUGCUCUCAGGCCACUGUCACUUUGAAGCUCAAUUAACUCCAUCUGAAGGUGAUGGGGUGCACUACAGACGUCGGUGGUGAAAGGAUUUGUAAAAAUGUCAAAACCAGAUUGCUGCGCUUUAAAGUCAGAGAAGCGCAGAUCAAACUCACACAUUAACCGGUUCAGUUUGGUAGCCAACCGAGAACAUGAAAAAGCACCGGGAAUGGAGGCUGAGAUGCUUUGACAAACAGGAAAGUGGGCGAGAUUGUCCUGUUCCACCUGACACUUCCAUAGAUCGAGUUUUCGCUGGAAAGCUGUGAUCAUGUCGGACAUCUGUGUGAUGACUUGUUUACGUCCCUGGAGUUUCUCAUUCAGAUGAGCGAGAUGCACGGUUAUGUCGCACAACAUAGCAAAGUCACACAGCCAGUUUGGAUCUGAUAGUUCAGGCAACGGUUUUCCUUUGCUCUGCAUGAAAAAACCAAUUUCUUCCCUCAGCUCAAAAAAUCGUUUGAGGACUUUGCUCCUGCUCAGCCACCUUACUUCUGUGUGGUACGGCACAUCUCCGUGCUCCGAGCCCAUCUCCUGCAAGAGCAGCUGGAACUGCCGGUGAUUCAGGCCGCGCGCUCGAAUAAAGUUCACUGUUUUCAUGACCGUGGUCAUUAUAUUAUCCAGCUCCAGAACCUUUCCACACAGAGCUUCUUGAUGGAUAAUGCAGUGAUAGGUUAUCAGGGGCGUGUGACAGUUACUUUCUUGCAAUUUCUCCUUCACUCGUCCAACCAAGCCUGAUUUUCCUCCACGCAUCGCAGGUGCUCCAUCUGUAGUUAGUCCCACCAACUUUUCCCACGGCAAUUUAUGCUUACUUACGGACUUCUCCACUGCCUCAAAAAUGUCCCGACCCGUUGUGGUCCCAUGCAUGGCGGCUACAUCCAACAGCUCUUCGAGGACAGAGAGGUCCGGCUUCACUCCUCUAAUAAAAAUGGAUAACUGCGCUGUAUCCACGUUGUCUGUGCUUUCAUCCACAGCUAAUGAAAAAGCUAGACAGCUCCGUGUCUCUUCAGCCAGCUGUGUUGAGAGAUUUCCUGCCAGUUCCUUAACUCGGUCCACGAUGGUGUUUCUUGACAAACUGACAUUUUUAAAAGUCUGUAUCUGGUCGGGGCACACCUGCUCACACACCUUCAGCAUGCACUGCUUCAAAAAUGCACCCUCUGAAAAAGACUUUGAAGCUCGGGCUAUUUCUUCGGCCACGAUAAAGCUGGCUUUCACUGCUGCAUCGUUUUUGCCCGUAGCUUUUCUGAACACAUCCUGCUGCGACUGCAGUCUGCCUUUUAAUUCUGCUGCUAUUCCUUGUUUUUCUUGGAGGCUGAAUCUAGCAUACUGAGCUCCGUGUUUGGUGUCAAAAUGCCGACGUAGAUCAUAUUCUUUUACGACCGACACCGCCUCAUAACAUACAAGACAUACCGGUUUUUCACCUUGAAGUACAAACAGGUAUUCGUUUUCCCAUCGUUCGUGAAACAGCCUUCCUUGUGCAUCAAUCUUUCUCUUCUUGGACAUGUUGGGGUUUUGUUAACUUUCUCCUUUCCACCGGUGUAUUGAACGCAUAGCGGGGUUACUGCAGGGCGACUGUUUCCUUGACGGGCGCGUCGAAAUGCAUUGUGGGAGAUGUAGUUUACGGUCAACGUGCGCUUUUAAGCAGCAUACAGUGAACUUAUUUUCAGACAAUAAUGCACCAGCUCUCGCGGGCCACAUAAAACAAGGUGGCGGGCCACAUUUGGCCCGCGGGCCUUGAGAUUGACACAUGUGAUCUAUAUCAAUGUCUAUAUAACUAAGCAGAAUUUGUUUUAACAGGUUUCUGCUUACCUUUUGGUUUGGCUCCCUGUGAGUAUGUGGAGAAUCGAUCAGAGCGGCCUCGACCUUUGGGUCUCUGGUCUUUCUGGUCAAAACUUGCUUCGGGGUCACCAAAUACGAGAAGAGCUGGUCUCGGUCUGGUUCAACAAGUAUUUAGAAGCAAUGACAAGGUAUGAAAAGGUACAGCAAAGCAAUGGGCACCCAACGCACAGCCCCGGCCCUCCAGCAGCAGAGGGCAAUCAAGAGUCAUCCCGAACGGGCGGUGGUUGUAAUACUUAUAACAGUAGGUAGAACUUGAUUUGUCAAUAAUGAGGGGGAGUCGCCCUGGUUUAGACUUGGUUAUUCCUUGAUGGUGCACGGACGUGGUCCCAGCCUCUUGGCACUGGAAUCAGGAAAUUAUGAGGAGCCGCUCCCAGUUCGCCCCUCCUCUGACAGUUGCUGGGCAUAUCUUCACAUCCUGACAGUUUGAUUUUGUGUUUCACAAACAAGCCUUGACUCGGCUGAGGCCUUCUGGGUCGGUGUUGUUGUUCAUUGGAGUAAGGAAUAUUGUUUUCCUCAUUUAUCGGCUGUAUGUUCUGUGUGUGUAUACAUGCCCAUUUUCCAGACAAAACAACGCCUUUCCUAUCUGCCCUCCAGAACCUGGGGCAGCUGCUGGAGUCCUUUCUAAGGCGUAGGUCACAGUUUCUUAUAAGCAAAGUGCAUUCAUGUAUGUGUGAUGAUGAAUAAAGCUAAGGGAAUAAAGCUUAUAAAGCUAAUAAAAGUAA